GUAGACAAGACACCAGCACAGAGACUGCUCCAGGUCAUUGGUGAAGAUUAAAGAUACUUUGGACAAUUUAAUUUGUUGUUUGAACAAAGAUAAUUACCUCCAUCUCAUUGAAGCUGCCUUUACCGUUGUCAUCUUUAUUAUUAAAACCAUUUGCCUUUACCGCAGUCAUCUUUAUUAUUAAAACCAUCUAUCUAGAACAGAAAACAUGAAUCGAAGUUGGAUUCAAGCACCGCGCAUAAGUGAUGAGUAUGAAAAGGGGGUUGAAGAUUUCUUGGAGUUUGUGCAACAACAUGCACCAGUGUUGGGUGAAAAAUAUUUUUGUCCAUGUGUUAAUUGUGUCAAUGGAAGGCGUCAUUCAUUAGAUGACAUCCGAUCACAUCUUAUUUGUGACGGCUUCAGUCGGAGUUAUACAAAUUGGAUAUGGCACGGUGAAUUGCCAGACAUGUCAACAACCGCCGACACUGAAGCGGGUAUGGAGUACCAGAAAAUUCAUGUUUGUCGUAAUGAUUGGCAGAAGAAGGCGCAGGAAAUUCAAAAAUACAAUGAUUGCCCCUACGUAUUGUCUCGUGGGGGUUAUGAACUUCUUGACAAGAAACUUAUGGACGAGAAUAGGAAGCGUCGAGAUCAUCUAGCUGAGUUUACUGAAAAUCCAUCACUCAGCCUCAACCCUCCAUCCCCAGUGUCGAGACAACUGAAGGGGAAGAUGGCCCGCACAAAUCAUUAUGGCCAAAUGACCUCUGUAGCGGCACAAGAAAUUUCAGACAAAAUUGUAAGUUCAUGUGUUGUUCACUUACAGUCAUUAGAGGAACACGCUACGCAGCGGAGCUUUGUUCCGCAUGGGCGUCAGGACAUACUAAACACGGCUAUAGGCCGACCUGAGCAUCCAGGCCGUGUUCGUGUCGCAGGGACAAGUGUCACAAUAAGCCAAUACUUUGGCCAAGCGUCACGUGCCUCUAGCACGUCCUCGCCAUCAAUCAACCAACAACAAUUGGCUGAAAUCAUCGGUUGCAUUAAGGAUAAGAUACGGAAGGAGGUGGAAGAAGAAAUCAAGCAGCAGGACGAGGCUUGGAGGAGGGCAAUUGAAGACCAACAGAGACGCAAUUUGGAGAUAAUGAAGCAAGAAUUAAAACAAACACUUAAAAUAGAGUUAUCUCGUAUUGCAUCACAUCAAUUAGCCCCCAUUAAGGCACCAGAAAUACAGGUUUUAGCUGCAAGUGUGAGCACAAAGGGUAGCUGCGCUGAACCUGAGGCACAAGGAUUACCUAAAGAGCCUUCUGAUGUUGCUGCGGAUCUAAUGGACUUGUACGAGAAGCCUCCCCCGAAGUCGGUUGAACAGCCUGAGAGGGGCACUGUUGUGGCUGUAGAUGAUGAUCCCCUGGGAGAAUUGGUUAAGAACCUAUAUGUCGUUUACCAACAACCAAUCGAGUGGUCAUGGGACGGGGCAAAAUUUGGGAUACAUAAUUCCAAAAAUGGGUUUUUCAUCACACAUGCAGAUGUUAUUGAAAUCAUUUUAGGUGACAAAUGUUUAAACAUAUCUAUAUUACAGUUGUGGAUGAUGUUUAUGAAUGAUUGGAGUACAAGCAUAGGUUUUGCUCCAAUUUAUGGUUUCCUUGAGCCCCGAUCUAUACACCGCGCAAAGGACAGACGUCAAGAAUAUGAACAGUAUAUAGAAACGUGGGUCAAGGAAUCACAUCGAGAAGUGUACUUAGGACCUUACUUGAAUCAGGCACAUUGGCAACUUCUUGUUUUGUGUCCACGAGAGAAUAUUGUAGUUUGGUUUUGUUCUUUACGGAAAAAGCCUGAUGUUCACAUUAAGGCUGCAGUUAGCAAUGCAAUGAAGAAAAUAUCCACUACUUUCCAAGGCAAGGAGAAUGGACCUACACCUCAAUGGAUUGAACCAAAGAGUAAUGUACAAGCCGGAGGCUAUGAGUGUGGAUAUUAUGUGAUGCAUUGGAUGUGGUGCAUAGUCAGUGAUGGUGUGAAGAAUGAAUGGAACAAGUGGUUUUCUGAUGGAACACCAUUAGACAGUGACACCAUGACGAUACUACGCAAGAAAUGGGCAGUCUAUUUUCUACAACUUGGAAAGAUGGAUGUAAAUUAGACAAAUUUAGAUGACAUGGGAACUUUAUUGUUUGGAACUAAACAUUUUUAUUGUUUAUGUUUCAUGAAUAAUUAUGGUCAUGACUUUUAAUUCAGCAUGAUUAUAUAAAUCUCUCUAAAUUUGACUUCUUUACCUUAGUCAUUGUGCAAUGUUUUGGGUUGCGUUUUGUACUUAUCCCCAUAUAGGAUCAGUGUUUUUGUUGUGCCACACUAAUUGAAUGCAGGUCAGCGUUAUCCGCAUUAUGGUAGUCCCUUUCACAGGUUGUCUAAGAAAAAGACAAUAAGGAGGGACAGGCACAUGUCUCAAGGUUGUGAUAAAAGUGGCUGCACGUGCAGACCUUCACCAUUUGGGACUCUUUUUACAAGGAACGCAAACUGAUGCUCCUCAACAGGGUUUACAGGUCCUACACAUUGUUGUGCGCGAACUCUCUACUACAAGGUAUUGUCCUCUACAAAGAUAAUUUUAGUGACCUGAUUUGGGCAGAAGAUAGCCUUUAGGUGAGGGAUUGGAUACCUGCCAUGGUUUGUACCAGAGUAUUUGGCCUACACAGAUGGGGCUAUCACCGAACAUUGAUAUGUCUUCCACUGCAUUUAUUGACCCAUUUCCAGUAAUUGACUUCGUAAUUCAACAGUUGAACAAAGAUGUAUCCUUUAUUUAAUAUACAGUAUAUGAUGCUUUACAAUUUUUCCUACAUUUUCUUAAUCAACUUGAGGGAGCUAAUUAAUGCUGCGAAAGUUGAACUGGAUCCAUCGACAAGUUUCAAAUUUGGUAUUGAAGAUAGAAUUUUGUGUUCAUCUGGAAAAGUUACAUAUAAUACACAACAUGACUACAUUGUUUCUCUCAAUAUCCCAUUACAUGAGGCAACUAACAAAGAAGAAUUACAAUCCUGUCACAAACUGAAACUAGGGAAACUUGCAGAAAAUGAUUUAUUGUAUAGACUUGAAUUAGAGAAGGAACACAAGAAAUCAACAUCCAUGGAUUCACAGGGCCAAACAACUUCAUUGCAGAGACUUCAAAAUGUAGAAAAGAGAAUUGUGAAGGUUUUGGAGCUUGUAGGAGGAGUCAUGGAUGAGCUUGCAAGCCCUGUUGGUCCUAGGAAGGAUGUGGUCCAAAACCACUGCCUUGAGUUCAUGCAAUUAAUCAAGUCGGAGGACUUCUAAAUGCUACAUGUGGGAAUGUUACUGAGCUCAUAAUAGCAAUAUUUGCCCUUAGCAGUAACAAAAUUGUUGUGGUCAAGUAUUCUUUGUUGGGUUCUAUUCUUUCAAACAUUCUUCUGGUUCUUGGGACCUCUCUAUUAUGUGGUGGCAUUGCAAACCUUAAAGUGGAACAAAAAUAUGACAGA